UGUGGCACUUCAGAAUUUGUAAACUUCCGGUUCAAAAUGUCAAGUUUGCAAGGCAAAAAAAGCAGCAAUUUAGACAAGCCAUUAAGUAAAGGAAAGGCCGAGAUAAAUGUGGCCACAUUUGCCCUGCUGUUUUCUGAAAUAGUCCAGUAUUGUCAGAAUAGAGUUUAUACAGUUCCUGAACUUCAAAACAAAUUGUCAGAUCUAGGACAGCAUGUUGGAUCUCACCUCCUGGACAUCAUGUUUGUCAGGGACAGGGGGUUCAAACGGGAAACAAAGCACCUUAAUAUGUUGCUGUUUAUCAAAGGAACAUUUUGGAGGACAUUAUUUGGCAAGGAUGCUGACAAACUUGAACAAGCAAACGAAGAUGUAAGAACUUAUUACAUUAUAGAAAAGGAGUCACUUGUCAACAAAUUUAUAUCUGUUCCAAAAGAUAGAGGCAGUCUGAACUGUGCUGCCUUUACAGCUGGUAUCAUUGAAGCAGUAUUAAAUGGAGCAAACUUUCCGGCCAAGGUUACAGCCCACUAUCACAAGGGGACUACUUUCAUGAUCAAAUUUGAUGAAUCUGUGAUUGCCAGAGAUAAACCAGUGGAAGGAAAAUAAAUGAGGAGCUUUUGUACCCACAAGUGCAAUUGCUGAAGUUGAAAACUUCUUGAGACACACAAACUAUUUCUUAUUGUUUCAACAUAUUUGGAUUUCAAGUACAAGAUUGUGUAACAUGAAACAAUUUUUCACAAAUAUUCAGUAAUACUGUAUUAAAAGUUGUGGAACGGACAAUUCAUGUGAAUAUUAUUGUUCAGAUAUAAAUGUAUAAUAUAUAACUUGCUUAUGUUUUAAAGGAACUUGACUAUUUUUGUUUACUAGCAUAAGUAUUUUGAAAAAUAAUUUGAAAGCCACAUUAUUAGCAUAUGCCUGUUCAAAGUGACCUACUUGUUUUAUUGAAAAAUACUGGACAAUGUACAUGAAACAUUAAAUAGAGGCAAUAAUUGUAUUUAUACAUAUAUCACUGUAAUUGUGUCUUGGAAAUCAGGAAAAAUAAACAGCACACAUAUCUGUGUAUAGAAACCUU